AUCACUAUUUUCUACGGUGAUCUCAGUACCUACGAACGAGCCCGGUCAGCAAAACGUCAGAGGAAGCAAGAGAAGACACCGUACAACCGGCUACAGUCAUGCGAGUUCGGGCUUGGCAUGUUUCACUUCAAGAUGGCAGCCGCUGACGCGCUCUGGCGCAUCGAAUCGGAGAAGGAGGACGCGCGCCGCGAUAGCACGUCCUUCAUGAAGGUGGUGGCCAAACUUCGUCCGGAUGACAGCUCGCGGCUCGUGUCGAGCGCUAAGUUCCGCGAGCGCCAUGAGCUGAUCGCGGACGUUGGGACGGUGCUACGCUUGGAUGCCUGGCGAGUCGCGGUUUCACAAAGCAAGGGCUUUGCAUCGUUGGAGAGCUGGGCAGUGUCGAAGCCUUCACUAGCGAAAAUAGAGGAGAUUGCGGAGAGGCUUGUGAUGAACUACACAGAGGGCGACGGGAUCGACUUGCACGCAAUGAAGGCACGCUCCACUGAUGUGCGCGAUCAGGCCCAAGAGAACACCAUCCGGACUCACCAUUACAUCCUGCUAUAUGAAGAGCUUUCCUAUGCACUUAACGCAGGGGACAUCGGUCGCCUCGAGACUCUAUUGGUGCCGUGGAUUCUGCUGUUUCGGGCGACUGGUAAGCAUAAGUAUGGGAACUAUACUUUGCGGUUCUGGCAUGCAUUGUAUUUCAUCUAUCCCGAAGGCCUUAGAAGAGCAUUCCGUCUAAGUAUUCUGGUCAACCUGACAGGAAAAGCGCACCAUUUCCGUGCCGUGGACUGGGUUCUCGAGCUCUUGAACCUAUUCACGAAGGAUAUGUACGGGGGAAGUGGUUCAAACAACACGAAGGAACGAAUCCUCUUUGAAUCCAUCCUGGUCCUCCUGUUCAGAAGCAGCCAUGCUAAUUUCGAGCGGAACUUUCGAAUCGGGGGCCUGACCUUUGCUCACGCCAAGAAGGAUAUGCGGAAGACGUUCAAAUUCGUACUAGACUAUCUGAAAUCAAACGAGCAACAACCGAAUAACUACAUAGCGGGGAGGACGUCUCGACAUUCGAUUCCGGACAUGAUAGGUAAGGGAUGGGAGAUACUG